CCGCCCGUUGUGAACGCGUACUUGCAAGCUCUCACCCGCCUCAGCUCCUCUACUGCGUCCGGGCCGCCCGCCCGUAGCCAUGAGCGCGCUCGGCCCGGGUAUAGCCCGCCGUCCUCUAGAUUAGUCCCCGCCGCUUCCUAGGACCCGUUUGCAGCAUGGAGUCGCCCGCCCCUAACCAGCCCGCCAGCAUGCCCCAGUCCAAAGGAAAAUCCAAGAAGAAAAAGGAUUUACGGAUAACCUGUGUGUCCAAGCCGCCUGUGCCCAAUCCCACACCUCCUCGGAAUCUAGACUCCCGGACCUUCAUCACCAUUGGAGACAGAAACUUUGAGGUGGAGGCUGAUGACCUGGUGACCAUUUCAGAGCUGGGUCGUGGAGCCUAUGGGGUGGUGGAGAAGGUGCGACAUGCGCAGAGUGGCACCAUUAUGGCUGUAAAGCGCAUCCGGGCCACGGUGAACUCGCAGGAGCAGAAGCGGCUGCUCAUGGACUUGGACAUCAACAUGCGCACAGUUGACUGCUUCUACACCGUCACCUUCUACGGGGCCCUCUUCAGAGAGGGAGAUGUGUGGAUCUGCAUGGAGCUCAUGGACACGUCCCUGGACAAGUUCUACCGGAAGGUGCUGGAGAAAAACAUGACGAUUCCAGAGGACAUUCUGGGGGAAAUCGCUGUGUCUGUAAGUGGCCCAGUCCCCAUGGGUUGGGGAGAGUCCCAAUUGAGCGGGAGGGACAGAGAUCUAUCAGCCACCUCUUGUCACCUACAAGGAGUCCAGGCCCAGCAGGAGGGUGACAGUGUGCCAAUCACGUGUGUUGGCCAGAACACAAGUGAUGGGGUGGAGAGGGGAAGGCUCCCCGGACGAGGAGGCAGUGCUGGCAGGUGGGGUUGGGACUCUACAGAGAAGGGCUGCAGAUCUCAGUCAGCUGACCUGAUGCAGAGAGAGCCAUAUCAAUUCCUGCUUGCACAGAUUGAGAUGGCCAUCUUGCGUUUCCCUUAUGAGUCCUGGGGGACCCCAUUCCAGCAGCUGAAGCAGGUGGUGGAGGAGCCGUCCCCUCAGCUCCCAGCUGACCGGUUCUCCCCCGAGUUUGUGGACUUCACUGCUCAGUGCUUGAGGAAGAACCCUGCAGAGCGCAUGAGCUACCUGGAGCUGAUGGAGCACCCUUUCUUCACCCUGCACAAAACCAAGAAGACGGACAUUGCUGCCUUUGUAAAGGAGAUCCUGGGAGAGGAUUCAUAGCGGGCUGACAUGGGAUUCCACUGGUCCUCCAGCAUCCGAGUCCUCUCUGCUGGGGCAGUGCUUGCCCACAGCCAUAAGCUACUGCCAUCCUGGCCCUGGGCAUUCUGGGAGGAAUCGAGGGGGCUGCUCCUGCCUUGGCUCUGCAACCAGCCAUGUGUCUCAAGUGCCAAAGAACCAGUUCUUCCAGGACUCCCAGUAGGCCCAUGGGGGCCUCGUCAGUGCCUCUGCUCUGCUGCUCCAAGGACCCCAAGUCUCCACCAAGCCUUGGACUUGGAGGGGCCUGGGCACCCCACGUGAACUCUGCUGCCCCUCCUGGAGAAGGCAGCCAGUGCCUGUGUGGACGAGCCACCAGCUUGGGCCCCGCCUGCAUGCCACCCAAGUUGUAUAUUUUUUUUUUAUCUCAACUGAAUGGACUUUGUACACUUUGGCCCAGGGUGGCCACACCUCUGUUCUGGCCUCGUGUGGAGGACACAGUAGGGGAUGAGCCAUGUGAAUCCCUAAGUCUCUCAAGGGGUAACCUUCAGCUAUCUGGGGCCUUGACUCACCACUGGCUAGUGGCCUUGAGGGGCACACCUGUCCAGCCCCCCUCACCACCUCUAAUAGUGUUGGGUCACUUUUAUUUUCUUUUUCUUAAUUUUAAUUUAUCUUCUGUUGACUUUUCCUUUUGCUUUGUGGGAUGGGCUGUUUUUGUUUUUCUCUUUGUUUUUUUUUGUUUGUUUGUUUUUGUUUUUCCUUGCAUGGUUUGGAGUUGAUUACUUCUCCAGCCCUGGGCUUCCUGCAGGCUGAGACCUGCCCUUCUGCUCCGGCUGGAGUCUAGGGAGGUGGGGCUCAAGGUCUCUCGGUGGGCCUGUGAGGGCUCACAGGGUCUGUCUGUGGGUGUGCUUUGGUGGUGUUUUUAAACAGAAAAAAAGAAAAUAUAUUUUUGUGAAAGAAAGGCCUGCCCCUCUCUGGCCUUUCCCUGGCGGCCCCAGGCAGGCAACUGGUUGCUGUUUUAAUUAAAA